UCCUGUCCGCCUGCCAUGACGGUCAACCGCAAGACGGGAAGGGGCAAACAAGCGAAAAAAUUCUUGGACCAAACAUCGGCCCUUGGGCUUGCAGAGCUGAUUGGCGAAAAGCAAGAACAAAAAUCCCAGAAGAAGGCCGAGAAACAUGCACAGGUUGCGAGCGCGCAGCCCCAAUCUCGUACCGCUCCCCGAAUGUCCGAAUCAAGGGCGAAAAUGAAGCGGACCAAAGCGAUAAUUGCGUCACAACUCUUGGAAACCAAGAAGGCCAGAAAGAAACGAAGGAAACAGCAGCACCAAUCCUCCGAACCUGACGAUGGUGGCCCGACAACCUCACUGCCCCCAACAAGAAGAAGAGUCGCAUUCGUGGAAUAA